CAGACUUAGGGACGGAGUCCUCAGGACACUGUGGCCUCUCUUCGCUCCUCUUCACAAAUUCAGGAUCUCUUGGUUGGUGUCUGAAGGCCUGAGAGCAAAUCUAGAGGGCAGAAUUUGGAAGAAAACACUCUUUGUUCUGUCACACAGGUACCUGAGCAGAAGUGUCAGGAGUACGAACAGACAUACUCAGCAUCACAGCAACAAUGGCCUCAUCAGUCUUGGGGAUGGUCAAGGAGGAGGUGACCUGUCCUAUCUGUCUGGACCUCAUGGUGGAGCCUGUGAGUGCAGAUUGUGGUCACAGCUUCUGCCGAGCCUGCAUCACACUGAACUAUGAGUCCAGCAAAGGCAAAGAAGGGGAGGGUGUCUGCCCUGUGUGCCGAGUUAAUUACCUGUUUGGGAAUCUGAGGCCUAAUCGGCAUGUGGCCAACAUAGUGGAGAGGCUAACAGGGUUCAAGUCCAGCUCAGGCAAAGAGCAGAAGGUGAAUGUCUGUGCACAACAUGGAGAGAAACUCCAGCUCUUCUGUGAGAAGGAUAUGGUGGUCAUCUGCUGGCUUUGUGAGAGAUCUCAGGAGCACCGUGGACACCAAACAUCUCUCGUUGAAGAGGUUGCCAAUAAAUACAAGGGAAAGCUCCAGGCUGCCCUGGAGAUGCAGAUGGCUAAUGAGGAAAGAUGUGACCAGUGGGAAGACGACCUUCAAAAGGAGAGAACUUUCUGGGAGAACGAAAUACAGAGGAAUGUAGAAAAGGUCCAGAAGAAGUUUAAAAAAAUGCACAAAUUCCUGUAUUCAGAGGAGAAGAAUGAGGUGGAGAAGCUGGUGCAAAAGGAGGAAGACAUUGUCAAAAGACUGGAAGAGUCUGAAAAUGAGCUGGAGAAGCAGAGGGAGUCAGUGAGUGACCUCAUCUCAGAUCUGGAGCAUGGGUUGCAGUGCUCAACCAUAGAGAUGCUGCAGGGUGUGAAUCAUGUCCUAACGAGGAGUCAGACCUUAAGUCUGAAACAACCCGAAAUGAUUCCAAGAAAACGGAGAAAGAUCUUCCAAGCUCCGGAUCUGAAAGACAUGCUGCAAGUGUUUCAAGGGCUCCGGGAUGCCCAGUGCCACUGGGUUCACGUGACCCUGCCUCAACUCAGCAAUAAAAACAUUGUCAUUAAUGUGUACAAAAGACAAAUACAACAUAGAAGUGGUUAUAGAAGAAAUUUGCAAGUUUCCAAGUCCUAUGAUUUAGGUGUCCUAGGGUAUCCAGCUAUCUACUCAGGGAAACAUUACUGGGAAGUAGACGUGUCUAGAUGUGAUGCCUGGAUCCUGGGAAUAAAUGAUGGAAGAUGUGCUCAACCCCAGCUUCAUGCAGUGAAUGAAAAGGGCUUCAGAGUCAUAAAAAAUUCUAUUGUUAAACAGGAUGUAAAAUAUCAGCCCCAAUAUGGCUACUGGGUUAUAGGAAUUACAAACAGGUCUGUAUAUAACGUCUUUGAGGUGUGCUCUGUCCCUCAAAAUGCUAGUGUCUCGUUCCUUCCUCUGACUGGCUCUCCCACUCGUGUUGGAGUUUUCCUGGACCGAGAAGCUUGCACUCUCACGUUUUAUGAUGUUUCCAACCAUGGAGCUCUCAUCUAUAAAUUCUGUGACUGUUCUUUCCCUGAUGCCGUUUAUCCAUAUUUUAAUCCUAUGGAGUCAUCAAAGCCACUGACAGUCUGUGGGCCACCCUCUUAACCCCUCACUUAUAUCUGCACAGUGCCCCAUGUCUGAUGUAGCACAAAUACCAGAAGUCCAUGGUAUCAUUACAGUUUUUUUCUAUCUUUGGUUGUAGGAAACCAUGGCCUAGCUACCCUGAGAAGCAUUUGUUAUAGGUUUUUCAGGUUAGAGUCCAUGGCUCCUGCCUUUCAGUUUCUGAGAUACUGAUGCAAUCCCCCAAACAGUGAAGCAUUCAAUCUACUUCGUGUUGUUCUGUAUGUUUCCUUAGUAGUCAAAAAUCAUGGAAGGUUGACAGGGCCAUAGGUCUUAGACAUUAAUUUUGGGUACCCUGUAUAGCUUCUAAACUUCAUUGUUUCCUGGCAACUACAACUGUAUUAAUCCUGGAAAUUAUGAUUAUAUUCUGUAUAAAUAGUUUGAUUGCUCUCAACAAAAUUGUCACAGCCUCUGUCUUGCUGUGGCCCCUCCAAUCUAGGCCUUGUUUCAUUCCUGAUGGCCAUAUCAGGUGACAUUGGCCUGGUAAGUAAGCACUGGCACUAACAUCUAGUCUUUCUAUUUUAAUACCCUACACUUCUAAAUACAAACCAGUAUGGAUUCUUUUCCUUGAUCCAGUUACUUGUCUGUUUACAAGACAGUAGCUAUUCAUCUCUUCCCAUAUUUCCAAAGACAAUGACUCCUCACAAGGUGAGGUAAGACCUCUGCUAACCCGCACUUCCUGUUUUGUGGUGCCACAGAUGGCAGCCUGGGCCUUGUGCAUGCUGAGGAGGUGCUCUGCCCCUGAGCCACUUGUCUCAGCUGUGCCACGUCAAAACCCCAGUCCUCUGUCACUGACAGAAGAUGACAGAAAGUUCUACUCUAGCUUGGAGAAAAAUAUGUGUCAGAGUCUCCAGCCUAGGAAUGAGCCUUUAGUUGUACAUCAGUUUAACUACAAUGCUAUGCUUCAUCAAAACUUAAUAGGGAAAUUUCUCUAAUGGUAACCACAAAGACUGUGUGCAGAAUAUCCGGAUUCUAAUCCUUUCAUUCCACAUAGAAGUGUAACCCUGAGUAGCAACCUCAAAAACUUAUGCUUUGUGAGGUUUUUGUUUUGAUUAUUUUUGCUUUGUUUGUUUAUUGUUUGGUGUUGUUACAGUAUUACUGUUGUAGAGUGCACACAUAUUGUAGAGUGCACACAUAGCAUCAGAAAAUAGAUUUGAGCUAUGUUAGGAGGCUCUGAGGGUAGUAGCAUUUUCCUCCAAGCUCACUGAUCUGAGUUCAAUCAACUAAACCUCAUGUUGGAAUGAGGCAGGCCACUCUCACAGAUUAUCCUCUACAUCUGCGCACAUGAUGCAGUACGCACAGGCCUAGACACAUACACAAAUGUGAAUGCAUUAUGUAAGUUUUUAAAAAGAGCAAGUUUAAUGCACAUCAAGCAUCCACUGCACACUCAGUAGUUGCUUUCUCUGUUAGUUACUGGGGAGAUGCCCUGGAAUGGUGAUCCAUGCAAAAGCAGGUAGAUGGGAGGAGUGAAGAUUUGACUUUCCUGAUAUCUUGGUGUUAGAUCCUGGAAUCUGUCACCAAGUGUAUUCUAAAAUGUUGUAGAUAUCUAUAAUUAUUGUUUUGUUUUCACAUUUAUAUUUUGAAAGGAUAAUUUUGGGUUCCAUUUGUUUCUUACGAAGUACAUUAAAUCCUAUGAUUUCCAUUUCACAGUGAAUGAUGGUGUUGCCUGUGAACUUCCCUUGUGCUAUGUUGUGAAAUAUGAACAAUAGAAUGUUUCUAGGAACUUAUAUUGCCUCUGGCAUAUAAAUGAUAUCCACUAUGGCAUCUGUUUUUUCUCCUUGAUGUGAUCAGUGUGACUGUAAUAAAGGAUUGGUGAUGUUAAAUACCAGAACCUGGCAUGAUGGUUUUGAUACAAUCCCAGUACUCAUGAGGCACAGACAGGAUGGUUGCUGUACAUCUGAGUCCAGGCUCAAUUAAGAAAUAAGACCCUGCCCUGGUUUGUUUUACUUUUAAAGAGAUUUUGGAAGAGGUAGUUGGUUCAAGAGGACAUGGUGAGGGAUUACUCAUCAAUAUGGAAUUUAUUUGGAGUCAAAUUGAUAUGAGUAAACAGAAAGAC